CUAUAAUCAUCAACAGCUUCCAUCUGAUAUUAAAAUCCAAAUCAUCAAAAAAGCAUUUAUGAUCACUGUUCCAACAAGAAACAGAGCGCACUGAAUUCCAUCAGACCUCGAUUGGAGAAACCAGAACAAAUCGAUUCAAGAAGAAGACGGAAUAGGAGGAUUUGAGGAGACAUAAAUGGCGAAUUUGUACGUGAAGGCGGUGCCACCGGCGGAUCUGAACCGGAACACGGAGUGGUUCAUGUACCCAGGGGUUUGGACCACAUACAUCCUCAUCCUCUUCUUUUCUUGGCUUCUUGUUCUCUCCAUCUUUGGCUGCUCUCCUGGCAUGGCAUGGACAAUUGUCAAUCUCGCUCACUUCGGGGUUACCUAUCAGUUCUUCCACUGGAAGAAAGGAACUCCUUUUGCUGAAGACCAGGGGAUCUACAACAGGCUGACUUGGUGGGAGCAAAUAGAUAAUGGAAAACAGCUAACACGUAACAGAAAAUUCCUAACUGUUGUACCUAUAGUUCUGUACUUGAUAGCUUCGCACACAACUGAUUACCAACAUCCGAUGCUCUUUUUCAACACACUUGCAGUGCUAGUGCUAGUUAUUGCCAAGCUUCCGAAUAUGCACAAGGUUCGAAUCUUUGGAAUCAACGAUGAUCAGUGAGUAUAUCCUUGAAAACGCCGAGUUCACAUGCUAAAAAUGCCACUGAUCCUAUCUUUUGUGCUUAAGGAUUGGUUUAGCUUUGUAGAUAAGUCAGCACCUGAAGGAUGUCUGUCGUGUACUGUGUGUGCCGACUGUCAUUCUGACCGCCUCUUCUGUAAUGAAGAAAAUAAGUGUAAGUGUAUUCUCUUAUCUUUGUACAGUAGAAAGUGUGUUACAUAUCUGGAUUUUGACGAUGCCCUAAUUGCGUUUCUUUGAGUGCUACAGUUUUUUUUUUUUGGGGGGUAGGGGUGGGGGGGUGUUAUUCUCUUUGUUCUGGAACUUGUUUAAGCUGUUGAGAACAAAGAGAUAUUCAAGUGUAUCCUAAAACAUGCAGCUCUAUUGCAAUUUUGGCAUGAAUUUGUUUUUAAAAAAUUUAAGAAAA